CUCAAUAUUUUUAAUAGCUUGACAACGUUGAGAGCUAUUGAACUAUGAUAUCUUGAAAUUGUAAACUAUGUUUUUAUUAUUAUUAAGUGUUAACUAAAAAGUGUUGUAAAUUAAACUACUGGUUAAGUAAUCAUUUUUGGUACAAACUGAUAUUUUUGCCGUCUAAAUACACUUACUUAACGCCUAAACAAGCUAGAUGCUGGACAAGACCCAUAGUCGCCAAACAACCUUCGAUUUACUACCUAUCAUUUGCAUUUUUUGCACCCAUCCAACAUAAUCUCAUCAUUCUCAUGAGGCAAUUGGGGGGAAAAAGAAACUGAUAUGAGCAUAAGAACCUUAUUCCUCCUCCACUACUAAACACUAGAAAGAAAGACAAAUGGGACAAACCCAAAAGACGACACAUUUCAUUUUUUUUAAAGACAUCAGACGGAACAAAACACAAAGCAACUUUUCUUUCUCAAAAGAACAAAACCCACCAAGCUAUGUUUUUUGGGGAACAAAAAUAAACAUAAAAAAAAAACAAAAAAAACAGGUACCUUAGGGGGAAAAAACAGGUUUGAUAAAAAAAAAACGAAAACUUACGCGGGUCGCCAUGGACGGAGCUGAUGAGCUGCAGAGAAACUCCCCGGCCAAAGAGCUCGUCGAAGCGAUCGACGAUCGAAGCGUUGAAGUCGUUGAACUCCAGCACGUUCUUCUUCAUCAGCACCACCGUGCCUUUGAUUUUCCUCCUCUGGCCGCCACUCAAGGCAUCGAUGAUGCUCUGCAUUCCUUUGGCAAUACAGCAGCAGCACCAACAACAGCAAUACUCCUCUUCUUCCUGCUCCGACGCCGUUUCGAGCUUCUGCGCGUUAAGAGGAAUUUUCAGGGGUCAAGUUUCACAGAAAACUAACCAGCUGAUGGAUGGCUUAUUUCUUGUUUUCUUUGAGCAAGAAGAGGACUACGUCAGAGAAAUAAUUGGGAAGUACUGUUGGUUUGGAUUUUGGAAUAGGGCGAUGAUGAGAAAAGGUGUGGCGUGGCGGUAUUUAUAAAAGAGGGUGGUGGGCAAAGUGACAAAGAGAAAUUAAAUAACUGUGAAGCUUUUCCUUCUAUUUUUCUUUUUAAUUUUGUAGUACGAAUAGAAAUGAAUUUAUUUGAAUAAUAUUAAUAGAAUUGUAUGAAAAUAUAGAUUUUGUUUCGUAAUUGAUAGACACAAGACUGAAUCUCCCUAUGUAGAUUGUGGCCUGUGGGAGAAGAUUAUUAAAUGCUUGUGUCACAUCUAUCAACCAAAUUUCGAAAGAGGCAUAUAACAUAAUGGAUGCAUUUGCGUGGCAAGCUCAAUAUUUGAUAUAGAAUGGCCAAUUAUGGGUGGAAAAGUCUUGAUUAAUUUUACUGGUGUGACGAAUUUUUUUAGUUUUAAUUUUAAAAAUGGCGGGUAAAAUCAUGCUAAUUAAAUUGAAGUAACUAUAGCUCUAUAUAGAACUGAAGAGGCUCCUCGAAAAAAAUUGACUAGUUGAAAUAAUAAACCCGAUAUAAAUGUGGGUCGAAUCACCGUCAAUUUACUAAUAACUGCUUCGUACUGUAUACAUUUUUGUUAUAUCCCAGCCAUUCUUGCCUAGUCAUUAUUUUCUCACUUCAAAGGGAGGUCAUAGUGUUCAAUUUAUUGAGCACGUACCCAAUAGUUAGGUAUAUGAUGCAUCAUUGAUGUGAUGAUAUUUUUCGACUUCUGAUGUAUUAAGAACAAGUUAUUAUUGUUAGGGGUGAAAGCUUGUCCCGGAAGACCCAGGAUGGGUCAGUUUGUCUACAGGUACAGAUUAGGGACGAGUCAUUUGUUGACCCUGUAAGGGUCGGGACGGGUCGGGACAACUUAGGGACGGGUCACGUUUUGACCAUGUGACCCUUAGCAACAACAAAUAUCUCAUACUUCAUUGGACCUUUUUGUAAAGUUUUAAAAGUUUAGGUACUAAUUUGUAAAAAUAAAAAAAUUUGGGUAUCAAAACGUAAGUUUACCAUCAAAAUUUAUGGACUUAUUUGUAAAAAAAAUAAAAUCUAGGUACUAAAUUGUAAGAAAAAAUAAUUUUGGGUAUCAAAACGUAAUUUAUAAAAAAGUAGUGUGUUGAUUAGGGUCGACUCACUGACCCGUCCCGUCCCAACCCUUGAGGGUCAGACAGGGUCAAGAAGGAGACAGGGACGGGACGAGACGGUUAUACAUCUUGACCUUUCAGGGACGGUUCAGAUAGGGACAGGGACGGGACAGACAAAUUUUCAGCCCUAUAAUUAUCGUGGGGGGAAACUGUUACACACUUUCUUUUUGAUGGUUUUGUUUUACUUCAAAGAUCAGAUAAACCAAUUGGGAGGCCAAAGUCGUAGCAGCAGAUGUCAUUGAUUGGCCAUUAUUAAUUGAUUGCCUUAAAUACCCAGACAAUAAUAAUUGAGUUAGAUCUUUCUUUUGUACACGUCUAAUAAAUACUUUGCAUUAGG